AUGCCUUCAACGUACAAGAAGGACAAGCCGUGGGAUACGGACGACAUCGACAAAUGGAAGGAAGAAGCCUUCACGCCCGAUCAAAAUGCCGGCGGCACAUUCAGCGAGGAAUCGUCCUUCGCGACUCUUUUCCCCAAAUAUCGAGAGCAGUAUCUGAAGUCUUCCUGGCCAACGAUCACCAAACAGCUGGAGAAGCAUGGAAUCGCAUGCACGCUCGACUUGGUUGAGGGCAGCAUGACUGUAAAGACAACGCGAAAGACAUUCGAUCCCGCCGCCAUCCUGAACGCCCGCGACUUGAUCAAGCUUCUAGCUCGAAGUGUGCCUACACCGCAGGCCCUGAAGAUUCUCGAGGAUGGAAUGGCCUGCGAUGUCAUCAAAAUCCGUGGCAUGGUGCGGAAUAAAGAGCGAUUCGUCAAGCGACGGCAACGUAUUCUUGGUCCCAACGGCAGCACACUCAAAGCCCUGGAACUGCUCACCCAGACAUACAUCCUUGUGCAGGGAAAUACGGUGUCAGUCAUGGGCGGAUACAAAAAUUUAAAAGAGGUGCGGCGCGUGGUGGAGGACUGCAUGGCCAAUAUCCACCCCAUCUACCACAUCAAAGAGCUCAUGAUCAAGCGCGAGCUGGCAAAGGAUCCCGAGCUGAAGAAUGAAAAUUGGGAGCGCUUCCUGCCUCACUUCAAGAAGCGCAACUUGGCCAAGCGCAGAAAGCCGUUCAACGUCACCGACAAGAGCAAGAAGGUCUACACGCCAUUCCCACCAGCACAAGAAAAGAGCAAGGUUGAUCUGCAGAUCGAGAGUGGAGAAUACUUCUUGAACAACGCUGCAAAGGAGCGCGCGAAGAAGGAGCGUCGCGAAGAGGCUAUGAAGGAGAAGAUGGAGGAGCGCAAGAAGAAAAGGGAAGAGGCCUUCGAGGCGCCUCAAGAGGAUGGAGAGAAGAAGAAAAAGAAGAAGCGGAAGAGCGAGGAUGGCGCGGAGAAGAAAAGCAAGAAGCGCAAGGCUGUGGAUGAUGUGGAGAUGGAGGACUGAGUAUGACAUGCAUCUACGGAGAGUAGGGCUAUCCGAUGCAAUUCGCCGUCAGUAACAGAGAAGCUUCAAUCUCUGCCUUCUUCGCCUGCAGCUCAUCGACAUCCCAAUUACACCGGAUAGAUGAGACAUAUAUCAGCACUCAGCAUCGGCGAUGCACCUGCAGAGCCAGACAGCGAAAUGAGAUGGAAGCUCGAAAUUGUCCGGUUCGGGUGCUUCGGUUUUGCCAGGCAUUGCUUUUUGGCUGCCAUAUCAGAUUCGACCGCGAGUAUGAGCAGAACAUAUCGUUCUUGCUGACGAGACCUGGACUUACCGAGGCUGGGAUGCAUACUCACAACGUGCACAUCCGGCAUCUC